GAUUGGGAAAUUGAUAAACUAAUUAUGACUGCACGAUAGCGCGCUGUACUUUGAUAAUAGAGCUUGUAGCUUGCUAACUCAACUGGAAAGAUCUACAAGUUAAGCAAGCUAGAGGAUAGAUAGAGUUUAAAUGUCGUCCAAAAGCAACAGUGCCGUCAAGAUGUCGGUGGUCAGCACCUUCGGGCUGACUCGCAAACAGCUAAAAGAUCUCAUGAGCCAGAGGGGGGCUGAUGCUCUGUCUGCUGUGGCAGAGUAUGGAGGUGUGACUGGGGUGAUGGAGUCAGUGGAGACUAACACUAAGACAGGCCUAGCAAACAACCCUCAAGAGUUGGAGAGACGAAAGUCAAUGUUUGGAGUCAACUACAUCAAGCCGAUUGCUCCAAAAUCCUUCCUGGCUUUGUGUUUCGAUGCCAUACAGGACAAGACUCUCAUCAUUCUCAUUAUAGCUGCGGUGGUGUCCAUAGUCCUCGGUGUUGCGGUGGAGGAGGACAAGAGCAUAGCCUGGAUUGAGGGCGUUGCCAUCCUGGGAGCCGUGGUGAUCGUUGUCUUGGUAACGGCUGUGAACGACUGGACGAAAGAGAAACAAUUCCGAGGCCUCCAAAGACGACUCGAAACAGACGCCAAAUUUUCAGUACUAAGAGAAGGAAAUUUGGAAGAGCUGAAUCUAGCCGAGAUUGUAGUCGGAGAUGUUCUGCAGUUCAAAUAUGGGAAUACUUUUCCAGUGGACGGAUUGCUGAUACAGGGCUAUGACGUCAAGGUGGAUGAGGCCAGUUUAACUGGAGAGGCAGAACUUGUCAAGAAACUACCGGACAGAGAUGUGAUGCUCCUGGCUGGAACACAGGUGAUGGAGGGUGGAGGGCGUAUGGUGGUCACGGCAGUCGGUCCCAACUCUCAACAAGGUAUCAUCUUUCAACUGCUAACUAAGCGCGAAGAUGACGCCGGUUUUAUCGAGAAGUUUUUCCGCGAUCGUGUCUGCAAGAAAUGUAUUAAGAAGCCAGUCGACGACGAAGAAGCCAAUCAAUUGCCUGCUCUGGGGUCAUCUGACGACAAGAUCGGAUCACCUGACGACAAGAGCGGAUCACCUGACCGCAAGAGCAAGGUAGUGGAGGCAGGAGUGGAUGAUGAGAGUGAGGAUGAACUACCGCCAUUACCACCACUGACUGGCCGAGACAGACUGAGCAUCAGUAAGAGGAUGAAAAGACGAAAGGAGUUGAAAGAGCGUGAGAAGUCCAAAAAGAAAACCGAGAAGACUGAGUCAGGAAGUGUCCUACAACGCAAGCUGAACAAACUAGCUAUUCAGAUCGGCUACGCUGGUACCAUCGCGGCCGUCGUCUGCUUUUUUAUUCUAUUCUUCAAGUUUGUCAUUGAGGACUUUGGAAUAAUGAUGCGGCAAUGGGACUCUUCUAUCGAUUUCUCAGAGAUACUCCAUUUCAUUAUCAUCAGUAUAACCGUGCUUGUUGUGGCUGUGCCCGAGGGACUGCCCCUGGCUGUUACCAUCUCGUUGGCUUUCUCCGUGAAGAAAAUGCUGAAUGAUAACAAUCUUGUUCGACAUUUGCACGCUUGUGAGACGAUGGGAAAUGCUACCGCUAUUUGCUCGGAUAAGACAGGUACGCUAACAACCAAUCGGAUGACAGUCGUCCAGAGCUACGCAGGGGGUAGUCGUUACAAUGUAACCCCUCGUCUAGAGGACCUCCCACAGUCACUGGUGGACCUACUUAAAGUGAACAUUGCCGUCAACAGCUCUUACACAUCCCAACUGCUCAAGGACACAGAGGGUGGAGCCGCUGCUAAGAAGGUUGGGCUCCUGGCUAGGAUGGCGAGAUGGGUCAAGUCCUCCAACUCUGAAGUGGUAUUAGGACAAGGCCUGGCUCGUCAAGUGGGCAAUGUGACUGAGUGUGCACUACUGGGGUUCCUAGUGGAUCUCAACAUUGACUACGAAGCCAUACGUGAGCAAUUCCCUACCGAUAACUUCACAAAAGUCUACACUUUCAACUCGUCACGUAAGAGCAUGUCCACCGUCAUUGCUCUGCCUAAUGGCGGCUAUCGUCUCUUCACAAAGGGAGCCUCAGAGAUUGUACUGGCCAAGUGCUCUUCUACUAUUUCUCAAGAUGGAAAGGUUUCUAAUUUGUCAAAGGACGAUCAGAAGGACAUCGUGACUACCGUGGUUACGCCGAUGGCAGAGAAUGCCCUCAGGACCAUUGCACUGGCUUACAGGGACUUCCCCCCCGCUGGAGAGGGUGGUACUGAGAUCACCUCCAUAGAGCCGGAGUGGGACGAUGAAGAGUCCAUUGUCAAUAACCUCACUCUCCUGGCCAUUGUAGGCAUCCAAGACCCAGUCAGACCUGAGGUCCCAGGUUGCAUUGAGAGCUGUCAGAAUGCUGGUAUCACAGUUCGUAUGGUAACCGGGGACAACAUAGACACGGCUCGUGCGAUUGCCUUCAAGUGUGGCAUCAUCAACAAGGGAGAUGGAUACCUCGUCAUGGAGGGCAAGGAGUUCAACAAGAAGAUACGAGAUCAAUCUGGAGAGAUAAACCCUGAGAAGUUUGACCGCAUCUGGCCACACCUCCGAGUGCUAGCACGCUCCUCACCAACUGACAAACAUAUACUAGUCGAUGGUAUUAUCCAAUCACGUCUCACCAAGAACAGAGAGGUUGUCGCGGUAACAGGAGACGGAACAAACGAUGGACCUGCUCUCAAGAGAGCUGAUGUUGGAUUUGCAAUGGGUAUUGCUGGUACUGACGUUGCUAAGGAAGCAUGUGACAUCAUCCUCAUUGACGAUAACUUUGCCUCCAUCGUCAGGGCAGUCAUGUGGGGUCGUAACGUCUACGACUCCAUUUCGAAAUUUCUCCAAUUUCAAUUAACCGUGAACGUAGUAGCCGUUGUACUUGCUCUCAUCUCCGCUAUAACGAUCGGGGACACACCCCUUCGUGCCGUACAACUGCUGUGGGUCAAUCUCAUCAUGGACACUCUCGCAUCUCUUGCCUUGUCUACGGAAUCGCCGACUCCGCAUCUUUUGGAAAGGAAGCCAUAUGGUCGCAAUAAGGCGCUUGUUUCCCCACAUAUGUGGUUGUUCAUUCUAGGUCACUCUUUGUAUCAACUGGCUGUCAUGUUUGUACUUCUGUAUGCUGGACCGAUGCUCUUUGAUAUCGAUGAUGGAAAGAAUCGUGAGCUGCGGGCCACUCCUGGCAUGCACUUCACACUCAUCUUUAACACCUUCGUUUUUAUGCAGAUUUUCAACGAGAUCAACGCUCGUAAGGUCCACGGUGAGCGCAAUGUGUUUAGCGGGAUCUUCAAAAACUGGAUCUUCGUAGCCGUGAUGAUAGUGCAAGUUUCUGUCCAGAUCAUCAUCGCUCAGUUUGGAUCAUUUGUGUUCAACACCAGUGGGCUGAACUGGGAGCUGUGGAUGUGGUCCAUCUUCAUAGGUUCUACUGAGCUCAUCGUUUGGCAGUUGUACCUGUUCAUUCCAUUGGAUGCCCUCCAGUGGUUGCUCAGGAGCAUUCUAGUAAUACUUCAGUUGAGGACACACCGUGAGCCACAGGAUCACGUUGACUAUGAGGAGAAUGAUCCACUAGAUGAAGAGACGACACCAGCCCAAGUGCUGUGGAUGAAGAGUCUCACUCGAUUAAGGACACAGAUACGCGUGGUGAAUGCAUUCCGUUCUGGUCUUGAUUCUGGUUCCGUGUGGUCCGGUUCCAUUGCACACCUCCACUCCACCCCCGUUCCUGCCCGCCGCUACAAUAAACAUCCGUCUGGAUUAGAGACGGCGGUUUAGAAACAAACACUGUUUAGACGUGAUAGUAAAGUGUCGUAGUAACGAACCUCUUAUGAAUUAUUACUAUAGCCUGUAAUUAAAUAAUUAUUUGUGCAGUGUGUUGUUCUAUAAAAAUUAUUGUCUUAUGUUGAGACUUUUUGUUAACCUUUUGUGUUUGGUGUUUAUCGAUUCAAACUUUAA